CUAAAUUACAGUAUCUAAGAAAAGUUUCACUAAUUAAACCUGCGAGGCAGAGCUCAGGGUUCAGAGCCACACGCCACUUCCUGUUUGAAGCUCCGUGUAUAAUUACAGUAGCUUCACGUCGACGGCUGCUGCAUUCCUGAAGCCAGAACACAGUUAAACGCGCUCUGUAAGUACAGUGUGCUUCAAAUGACAGGCUGGUUGCAACAGGACUCUGUCAAUAAAGGUCAUUUCACACUCUGUCGACGUGAAUAUUAGCACGUGAAGUAGAAAAGUAAGGGUUGUUGUGAUUCGUCCUGCUGUGAAGUGUGUUUUCUGUGACGCACACCAGCAGAAUGGACAAAGACGCUGUGUUGAGGCACAUGUUGAACUUGAAGGGCGUGUCUGUGGAGGAGCCUGUAUCUGCUGUAUCUGCUGUAGCUGCUGGAGCUGCUGGAGCUCAGGCCUCAGGAAGCGCUGACCGCGCCGUCCUCAGCGCUCUGUCUGGAACCAGAACAGUUCUACUGGUCGGUGGAGAGGGUUCAGGUAAAACCACCGUCCUAGAGAAGCUGCUUGUGGACUGGGCCAAAGGGGAAGUCCUGCAGAACUUCUCCCAUGUGUUCUACCUCGGACCGCGGGACUUCGGCGCCGUGGAGCAGAGCCUGUCGUUGGAGGCUCUGCUGCGGCGCCACCACAGCCGGGUCGGUCCCGGCUCCAUUCUGCGCCUCCUGCAGAGGCCUGAGGACGUGCUGCUUGUUAUUGACGACCUGCAUCGGUUCGGCCCCAGCCUGGACGCGUCCGCCCUCUGCUGCGACCCGUCCCGGGCGGUCCCGGUGCCGUGUUUGCUGGCCGGCCUGCUUCGCGGGUCGCUGCUGAGCGGCGCUGCGUUGGUGGUGGCGUCCAGGCCCACGGGGGCUUCGACUCUCCUGAGCGGCACCACUGUGGAACUCCUGGGCUUCCUGGAGCCCCAGAGACAGGCUUACUUUAACCGGGUCUUUACCGACCCGGCCGCUGCCGACAAAGCACUAAAGCACAUGGAACGGACUCUAGGCUUCUAUGACUUCUGUGCCUCUCCUGGAUUUUGCCGGACUGUUGGUUCUGUUUACCGGUCCCUGAUGGAUGCUGGCAAAGAGCUCCCUGAAACCUUGUCCCAGCUGUGUGUCGACAUCCUGGUCCAGCAGAUUCAAGCCCUCUCCCUGAACCAGCCCGGCACCAGAGGCCUGGUUCUGGCCCUGGGCAGGAUGGCUUCUCGUUGCUGUCCUCGCGGGCAUUCGAGCUGCACCACAGAGGAAGUCGUCGGCUUCGGGUUGCAGCCGUUCCUCUCCUCGCUUGGUGUUUUCCUCAAAGUGGACGGUGACGCGGAGGGCGAUUGUUGCGUCCUCUCCUUCCGCUCGCAGCUGCUGCUGGAGUUCAUCCGGGCCGUGUGCUUCCUCCUGGGUGAAUCCGGGCCUGAGGGAGUGGAGCGGAUGCUGGGGACGUGCGAGCAGCACGCGGGCUUCGUGGACCUCCUGCUGUGCGGCCUGUCGGAGCCGGCGCAGCGGGCGCCGCUGGAGGCCGCGCUGGGAGAGUUGAGCUCCGAUCGGAGCCGGCGCUUCAGAAGCUGGUUUAAAAGCAGCUCACGCACGUGGCUGCGAGGCUGCUGCAAAGAGAGGCACCGCCGCUGCCUCCGUGGCCUCUACGAGGCUCAAAACGAGCAGUGGGUCCGAGAGGUGAUCGUCCCGUCGUCGCGGCGAUGCCUCGGCUGUGGAGACAUGAGCCUCCAGGACUGCGUCGCCCUGACCUACGUUGUCGCGUGCCUCGGCGAACUGGAGGAGCUGAAUCUGUGCCGGACGGAAGGUCUGAGCGAGCGGCAGGCGGAGGCCCUGGCUCCAGCCAUGGGCGCGUCGCACCGCGUACGCUUGUCCCACAGCUCCCUGAACGCCGCGGCGGUGGCUCAUCUGGCCUCAGCUCUGCGCAGAGGGAUCACCGGCGAGCUGGACCUGUCUCAUACACGGCUCGGAGAUGAAAAGUUCAGCAUUCUGUCGUCUGGACUCAGAGACUGCAAGCUGCGCAAGUUAAAUCUUCACGCGUGUGACCUGACGAGGUGUGAGGAUCUGCUGCCGCUGCUGACGUCCAGCACCUCCCAGCUGUGUGUGCUGAUGAUGAUGUUCAAUCCCAUCGGGGACCGGGGCCUCACUCAGCUGUGCACGGCCCUCCACAGUUCCCACUGUCGGCUCCAGGAGCUCUGGCUUCGAAGCUGUCAGCUAACAGCAGCGUCCAUGGAGGCGUUUUCAGCAGCUGUGUGUUCUGGCAAAUCUGACCUGACAAAAGUGGACCUAACCCAGAACUCGGUUGGCGACGGUGGAGUGGAGGCUUUGUGCAGGUCGCUGCAGCAUCCUCUCUGUAAACUGCAGAGCCUCACGCUGUUUGACAAUGAGCUGACAGGCGCCUGCUGUCCUCACGUGAUGCGGGCCCUGAUGUCAGAGCACUGCUCUCUGUCGGAGCUGGAUCUGUCGGUGAAUGAACUGGGCCAGGAGGGGGCGCUGCUGCUCUGCAGAGCCCUCGCUCGACCUGGAUGCCCCAUAGAGAAACUUGGGCUGAAACGGUGCGAGUUAACCCAGUCUGUCUUCAAGGAACUGGGCUCAGUGUUAAAGGGUGGAACCGGACUUAAGUCGCUGAUUGUAGGUCUGAACAAAGUAGGAGACCGAGGGGUCAAACAUCUGUUGGAGGCGGUUGCACAUCCGACCUGUCUGCUGGAGGAGCUUGAUGUUGAGAUGACGGGUUUGACAGAUGCCUGUGCUGAGGAUUUGUGUGCUGCCGUAAAAACCAGUAAGACUUUAAAGCACCUGGAGCUGAGCAACAACUCGCUGACGGAUGCUUCCGUCCCUGCCCUCGUCCGGGUCAUGAAGAGCAGCGACAGCGUGCAGGAGAUGAACCUGAAGUACAACGACUUCAGUGAAGACGCUUUUGACGUGUUGGAAGAGUGUCCGAAAAUACGGUACUGAAGAAAACGGAUGAGACCAACAGCUCACAGACAAUGACCACAUUUCCACAGUGUUUUCUUAAAUAAGGUUUUAGUUUAAUGUAUGAAACCUCUUCUUAGAAAUAUUUGUCCUUCAAACCCAAUACAGGCAGAUAAAGUGACUUGAUUUCAUCCAAUUCACUGAUAAAUGCGUACAAACUACCACACACCUACUACUGUAAACAAAAAGCAGACACACCCCGCGUCUGUUCCGCGUCGUCUCAUCAGCUAAAGGUUGGUCUCGUCAGGAGGUCAGAGGUCAGGGUGGCUCUCACACCUGGUCAAUUAAAGCUCCACAUGUGAAUCUCCCAUCUUGGCCUCUAGUGGUCACGGGCUUCUCUUGUCUGACUGACGCGCUCCGUCAAAAAGCUUCUGAAGCUUCUGGCUUUUCGCUUUCCUCAUCUGAGCUGCUUUCAAUGUCGCUGCGGUCGUCCUUCGAUACCUGCGAAUCAAGGCACCGAAGCUAAAGUUGGCUGUGGGUGUGAAAGGUUGUCUGACUGGACGUGCCUCACCUCCGGCUCCAACAAAUUUCCUAAGCAAACCUGCUCAAACAUUUGCCUGUUAAAUUUAAUGAUUUAGUGCUUUUAUUUGUUUAACCUGAUAAUAAGACAAAUAAAGUUCGGCUGAUAUAAAAGUCA